AUGGUGAGGGCGAUACUGCUGAAACGUCAGUUACCGUUGCGCCGUAUGUGUUAUAUUUGUGAGGAAGUAAAAGCACAUAUGAGCGAUGAAGCUGUGACGGUCGUGAUAGCUGUCACUGCUAGCAUACUUUCAACGAGUCGAGAACUCUGCGCUUCGUUUUGUCAACAUGCCUUAGCUCCCACAUGGAACGACGCUUUUGUGUUUAAAAUGCUCUACAGCGAAAUUAAAAUUCAAACAGUGCAUUCGCAUAAGUGUUCUGUGCUUAUCGACGGCAUUUUCAAUGAUGAACGAACUAAGUACGCCUUGUUUCGAGCAUGA